GAAGUUUAGGCACGGGAACCGGAAUCAAAUAUCGCAGACUGGUCAAGCCGGAGGAGCGUCCUUUUGGCGCUUCGUUCAAAUUAUUCCUGUGCACGUUUCUCGCACAAUUUAAUCUACCGAUCAUAAUUCUACUGAAUUCUCAUUCUGAUUUCUUCAAGGAAUCAAGUAUUUUCUCUAGAGAGAUGAGUUUCAAUUCGGAUUCGAAAUCGAAAAGGAGUUCCAAGUCGAUAUCCUCAAACCCUUCUUCUUCUAGCAAUUACAGCAGUGAUGGUAGAAACUCGAAUAAGAAGAAGAAGACAGCUCAGAAACCCCAAGGCAUGGCUUGGGGCUCAAAUUCACGUUCUUCCUCUCGCUCCGCCUUCCGCAACUCGCCAUUCUCUGAUUUUGGCAGUUACAUGGUUGUGAAGAAUCAGAAACUACACGAACAGUUUGAUGCGGCUGCUUCAAGCUCUUCGCACAGUGGGUCCAGUUCUGGGAAUUCUAUAUUUUGCGGGGUUUCCAUUUUUGUUGAUGGAUAUACCGUUCCUUCAAGUCAGGAGCUUCGAGGAUACAUGUUGAAGCAUGGGGGACGAUUUGAAAAUUAUUUUUCAAGGCAUCAUGUGACACAUAUAAUAUGCAGUAAUCUCCCUGAUAGUAAAAUCAAGAAUUUGAGGGCAUUCAGUGGUGGGCUUCCAGUGGUUAAACCCGCAUGGGUGCUGGAUUCUGUUGCUGCCAAUAAACUUCUUAGUUGGAUUCCGUAUCAGCUUGAUCAACUUGCAACUGAAAAUGACAACCAACCAAAACUAUCCACGUUCUUUACUCCAAAAAUUGGUGUAGCAUCUGAAAUUGCAAAUCCAAUUGUUGGUGGUCAAGUACAUUCUGAAAAUAAUGAUCAAUCAAUGGUCAAGGUGGAUUCAAGUUUAUCUGAGGAUUAUGCAUCUUUAGACCAAGCAGAUAGAUGCAGUGUAGAAUUUAAUGAUCCUUUGCAGCGGAACAUUGAUAAAGUGAUGUUUGAAGAGGCAGCAUGCUGUGUGGAAAGUUCAUGUGAAUCAAAAGGGAUUGAAUUGAGAGAUUCUUUAUCUUCGGAUGGGAAGGAUCCAGAUCUUAAGCAAAGUUAUGAUACAUGUCAGUCUUCAGUUUCACUUGGCAAUAAUACUCUGGAUAAUCAUAAUCCCAGUGAAGCUUCGAGCUCAAGAAUCAGUUGUCCUCCCAAAAAGCACCACUCAACUCUUGCGGAUCCCAAUUUUGUAGAAAAUUAUUUUAAGAGUUCUAGGCUGCAUUUUAUUGGUACUUGGAGAAACCGUUACCGUAAGCGCUUUCCCAGCUCGUCUAAUGGGUUUGGUUACAAAAGUUCUAGUGUCAGUAGUGCUGCAGUGAAUGAGAAGACUGCCAUAAUACACAUAGACAUGGAUUCCUUCUUUGUUUCCGUGGUCAUCAGGAACCGUACUGAGUUACUGGACAAACCUGUUGCCGUUUGUCACUCAGAUAAUCCCCGUGGUACUGCCGAAAUUUCAUCUGCCAAUUAUCCUGCUCGAGAUCAUGGAGUGAAGGCAGGAAUGUUCGUCAAAGAUGCCAAGAUUCUGUGCCCUCAGCUUGUAAUAGUCCCAUAUGAUUUUGAGGCUUAUGAGAAGGUGGCAGAUCAAUUUUAUGACAUUUUGCACAAGCAUUGCAACAAAGUGCAGGCUGUCAGCUGUGAUGAAGCAUUUUUGGAUGUCUCAGAAUCAGAAGUGGGGGACCCUCAGCUUUUAGCCUCAAUAAUCAGAAAGGAGAUUUUAGACACUACAGGAUGCACUGCAAGUGCAGGAAUUGCAGUAAAUAUGCUUAUGGCCCGCCUUGCUACCAAAACUGCAAAACCAGAUGGCCAGUGUUACAUACCUCCUGAAAAGAUUGAUGAUUAUUUGUGUGCACUUCCCGUUAAGGCACUUCCAGGUAUUGGGCAUGUUCUGGAAGCAAAAUUGAAGAAAAGGCAAAUUAAAACUUGUGGCCAGUUGCGUUUGAUCAGCAAGGAGUCUCUUCAGAAUGAUUUUGGAAUGAAAACUGGAGAGAUGCUAUGGAACUAUAGUAGAGGGAUAGACAACCGACUGGUUGGAGUGAUUCAGGAAAGCAAGUCCAUUGGUGCUGAAGUAAAUUGGGGAGUGAGGUUCAGGAAUCUAAAUGAUACUCAGCAUUUUCUGAUAAAUAUAUGCAAGGAGGUUGCACUUCGGUUGCAGGGGUGUGGAAUGCAAGGGCGGUCAUUUACUCUGAAGAUAAAGAAGAAGAGAAGUGACGCUGGAGAGCCAGUGAAGUAUAUGGGCUGUGGAGACUGCGAGAAUCUUAGCCAUACAAUAACGAUAAGAGCUUUCCUAAAUAACAGAUCCCGAUGGCCACAGAUCAUGUAGAUGUGCUUCAAAGGUUGGCCAAUCAGCUUUUUGGGUAUUUCCGCAUAGAUGUGAAAGAUAUUCGAGGUAUGGGCUUGCAGGUCUCGAAACUUGAAGGUGCUGAAGAUAGCAAACCAGUUCACAAAAGAAACACCAUCCUUCCUUGGCUCGCUUCGACAAAGACCAGAGACCAAAACCAAGUUAAU